GGGUAGGGUUUAUGAAAUCAUCCAUCCCGCUGUUAAAAACCCCUCCCUGCCUAUCUUCCCAAAUCUUUCUAAUUGAAAAAAAGACAAAAAAGAAGACGAAGAAGAAGAAUGGAUUCGAAAAAGAGCAAGGUGAUUAGUGACCCGAGGUUCGCCUCAGUACAGUCGGAUCCUAGGUUUCAGAAUCCACCCAAGCAUAAAUCAAAGGUCACCAUUGAUUCUCGUUUCAAUCGGAUGUUCACUGAUAAAAAUUUCACUUCGUCGUCGACACGAAUUGAUAAGCGUGGCAAGGUUAAGAACAAGGAGGAUGCUGUUGCUAAGAAUCCUCUUAAGCAUUAUUACCGUCUCGAUGAUCAAGAGGAGCAGAAGAAGAAACGGGAAAAUGAGUCGGAGAGCGAAGAAGAAGAAGAAGAAGAAGAAGACGCUCAAAUUGCCAAGCGGAAAGGAAAUGUGGAAAGUCAAGACGAGGAGAGCGAGGAGAGCGAUGAGAGUGGGAGUGAAUUAGGGGAUUCGGAGAGUGAUGAUGGUGCUGAUGAGGACAAUUCUUCCACUGAUGAGGAGGUGGAGUAUUACUCGGAGGAAGAAAAUAAUCUUGCACUGGAGGAGAAUGUUCCGGAAAUUGAAAAUGAAACUCGUAGGCUUGCUGUGGUUAAUAUGGACUGGAAUCAAGUCAAGGCAGUGGACUUGUAUGUCUUGUUAAGCUCUUUCUUACCCAAAGGAGGACAAAUUAUCUCAGUAUCUGUCUACCCGUCCGAGUUUGGACUUAAGAGAAUGCAAGAGGAGGCAGUGCAUGGUCCAGUUGGAUUGUUUGAUGACGAUAAGGAUAAGGAUGCAAGUGAUGAUGAAGAUAACAAUGGCGACGGCGAGAUUGACAUUGAAAAGUUGAGGGCUUAUGAAUUAAGUAGGCUAAGAUACUAUUAUGCUGUGGUGGAAUGUGAUUCAAUUGCUACAGCAGAUUACAUUUACAAAAGCUGUGAUGGAGUUGAGGUUGAAAGAUCAUCAAAUAAGCUGGACCUAAGGUUUAUUCCAGAUUCUAUGGAAUUCAAGCACGCUCCUCGUGAUGUUGCUACUGAGGCACCAGGAAGCUACGAAGGCAACAAUUUUGAAACAAGAGCUCUGCAGCAGACCAAAGUUCGUCUUACAUGGGAUGAAGACGAACCACAACGUUCUAAGACCUUAAAAAGAAAAUAUAAUGCUGAACAGUUAGCAGAAUUGGAGUUGAAGGAGUUUUUGGCUUCUGAUGGAAGUGAAUCUGAUGAAAACGAGUAUGAUGACAAUGUGGAAGACGGGACUGACAGAAAAAAUAAGAAACAACAUAUGUACCGUGCUCUAAUCCAAUCUGGUGUUGCUUCUGAUGAAGAUGACGAGCAGGGUGGACAAGAAAUGGAGGUUACUUUCAAUACUGGCUUGGAGGAUAUAAGCAAGCAAAUUUUGGAAAAGAAAGAUAGACAAUCUGAGACAGUUUGGGAAGCUUAUCUUAGAAAAAGAAAAGAGAAAAAGAAGGCAAGUAAGAAUAGGUCCAAGUAUUCCUCAGAGGAUGAGAGUAGUGACUCAGACAGAGAACCAGUAGAAGAACCGGAUGACUUCUUUGUUGAAGAACCUCAUUCUAAACGAACUAAGGAAUCUAAAGGCAAAAGCAACAAUAAACGGAAGCAGCCUCAAGAAAUAACAAAAGAAGCAGAAGCAAGCAGAGCAGAGCUUGAAUUAUUGCUUGCUGAUGAAACUGGAGAUACAAACUUAAAGGGUUACAAUUUGAAGCCUAAAAAGUCUAAGGGUAAGAAGGGCAAAGAAAUUAUUGACGAGGAAAAACUACCAACAAUUGAUGAUGAUGAUCGGAAACGAUUUUCUAGUCUUCUUAAUACUCCUCUAUUUGCUUUGGAUCCAACUGAUCCUCAGUAUAAAAGGAGUGCAGCUUUUGCUCGGCAAGUCGCACAGAAGCAUAAGAUGGAAAAGGAUGAGGAAACAGGAAGAAAUGAAUCACCAAAAUUGCUCGAGCGAGCGCCUUUGUCUGUUGACCUAGGGGCGGGCAGGGAUGAGCAUGUACUUCCUGAAACACACAAAAGGAAAGACAAGCAUGAAAUAUCUUCAUUAGUGAAAUCAAUUAAGAUGAAGUCUAAACAACUUCCAGUGCCCUCCAGCGACAAGAUAUCCUGGAAGAAAGGAACUUCAAAAAAUAAAGGCGCAAAGAAGUCUAGAGUUCUGUGAAAGCAAUCACCAAAAGUUGAAGAGAAAGUUCACCCUCUUUUCUUAGAGUACCCAGGAAUUACAUGGCAGAAAAAUGCUGAAAAACAAGCAAUUGUCCAAGAAUAGUGGUUUUCGUUAAGGUAUUACAAUAUAUGUGGAUUUUUUUUUUUUGUAAUGUUAAAGUAAUUCUUAAGAUCAAACAUGACAAACAAAUAUAUUCUUAAGAUCAAAUGACAUUUGAGUUUGAGAAUAUAACCAAUUCUUCCGUGUGAAA